ACUGGACUGUGCAAGUUCGGCGAGGCUUGUCGAAAUCUGCACGUCCACGAUGGAGAGAGUCCGAGAGCCGACCCGCUUUGGGAGGAAAAGCACAACAAGCAUCAGGCACGUCUGGCGACCAGAAACGUCCUCUGCGCCAUCUGCGAUGAUGAUGUUGUUGCUAGCGGUAAACGCUUUGGUCUGCUCGAGAACUGCGACCAUCCGUUUUGCCUUGAGUGCAUUAGAGAAUGGCGUGAUCAGAAAGACACUCAAGAUCGAGAGAAUCUCCGACUGUGCCCUCUUUGUCGG